UGAGUGUUAAAGAAGUAGGAGGGUGAGUCUGUGAAGGGAAGGGGAAGAAAAACAAUUGUUGGUAUCGUCACCGUUGUUAUUGUCGUUGGUGGUGUUGUCGCUGCCGUCCUCAAAGAAUGAUGAAAUAAAAGCGGUCUGCUUUUCGGGGAGAGAUAGAAGGAAAAAAAAAUUCAAACGAACAAAUAUCUCUUCAUGAAUCCAUUUCAUUACAUUUCUUUACGCUGUCGCCUGAUUAACAUUGAUCAACAUGUGUUUAUUAAUUGGACCACCCGGAGUUGGUAAAACUUUACUCAUGAAGAGGAUGCAAAAUUGUACAAGUAAAGGUACUUUUGAAAACCUCCAUGAAAUUCCAGCAACUAUUCCAACAGUGGGUACAAAUAUGGUCAGUGUAUUAUUAAGCAAAAAAAUAGACAUUGUUAUACGAGAACUUGGAGGUUGCAUGGGACCAAUUUGGCACAGUUAUUUCAGAGACACAGAAUAUCUUAUGUAUAUGAUAGAUUUAAACAACAGACAGCAAAUCUCAGCUGCAUGUAUACAGUUGCUGACCAUUUUACAAGACAAACAACUGACCAAUACACCUGUCCUUCUUCUUCUGAACAAAAUAGACAUGGCUACUAUAAUGUCAAGGCCAGAAUUUGAAAACUACCUUCGCUUGGAAGAAAUAAUUCAGUAUUCCACCCAAAAUAUUACAGUCCACGAAAUAAGUGCCUGGAAUGGUAAAGGAUUGGAAGAGAUUCUUCGUUGGCUUCAGGCUAAUUACAAGCCCAGAUGAAACACGCCCCUUCUUAUUGCAUGUUCUUCUAUCUACAGUUUCAACUCUUGUAAUAUUUAUUUGUCCAUGAGUUCAUUGUUGCAUUUGUCCAACCCUGCUAAAGAGAAAAAAUAAUAAUGAAUAACUAAAUAUGCCACACCAAAUUUUUUUUUCAUUUUAUGAGAAAUAUGUAUUCUCUCUUCACAUAAAGGUCCCUAAGUAAAGAAUAAUGGUGCCACCAAAAGCUGCUCUAUUUUGUGGAAGGCUCCCAUCUGAAGGCAUUGGCUUCCAAUGGGUCUACCUAAAAGGAUCAAGAAGUAUGGUUAGCAUCAGUGUUCCGUCACUCCCAGCGGUCUUGGAGGUCAUGGGUGCUGACUGUUCUUCUUUCACUAGGCCAUUAAAAGGAAAGAAAAAGUAUUAAAAAAGUGUAUUUUUUGAUAUUAUGAAUUUAUAAAAGGUGAAUGGAUAAAAAAUGUGUGAGAAUUAUUACUUUUGACAUUUGUAUCAGAUAUGAGGAGGAAAUCUGUGGGCCCUUUGUAAUGUCAAGGGUAACAUGUUUGUCUGGCAAGCAAAAGUUGCAAUGAAGCAAAGUCUUGGUGAGGAAGAAUUUAACUGACAUUAAAUGUGGUAAUAUAUGAAUCGCACAGUUGUUGGCAACAUUACUGUGUAAUUCAAUAAUAAUUAUAAUAAUAAUGAUAAUGACACAUUGUUGAAAUGCUAAUUACAAAAUGUUUUUAAAAUGGAAAACAUUCUAUUUCUUUGGAAAAGGUAAAACAAAAAGAUUGUGUAUGUAUGUAUGUAUGUAUAUAUAUAUACAUAUAUAUACAAAAAAAAAUUCUAUCCAAAAACGAGGUCUCUCUUUUUUUUUUUUCAAUGUAAUUGUAAUAUAUUAAAUGUUGUUGGUUAUUAUUGAUAAAAACAAUUUUGGGCCCAUUUCUGUUGCAUAAAUUUUAUCUAAUUUUUGGGGUUUAAACAACAGCUAAUAUUGCUAUAUUUUCAAAACAUUCAUUUCUUUGGUGUUAAUGAUUUUUUUUUUUUUUUUGCUGUCAUUUUAUUUUUUAAUAUCAUUUUUUCUUAAAGACCAUACUGUACAUUAUCUUUGAACAGUCCAAAUUAUUUGUCUUUUGUUUUUUUCUAUUCCACAUUAUCUGUCUUCUCCAAAAGACAAUGGUCAACUUGGUUAAGUACCAGGACUUGCAGAAAUGCCCAACACAACAAACAACAGGUUUCUAGUACAGUGAGUGUGCAUUCUAAACUGCCCCUUUAACACAACAGUCAAAAGCCUUCAGUAUCAGCAUAACUUGGCCCCCUUGUUCCUAUCUAAACACGCACACUCAAACACUUAGUUAUACAUCUUAUGGUUUUAGACGUGUAAAGAAAAUCUUCACAUGGAUUUUGAUUCACUGAGAGACAAAGCAGGGAAUUAAUUGAUGGUAAAAGUGAGUAGUGACUCAGAAACUUAUUGAGGCAAAAAAAUAAAAGCUGUUGUCAACCUCCUCUUAAAUGUUCCUCCUAUUCCCUUCCCAGACCUGGUCCCAUCUGUUGACAAACUUGGCUGUGUGCUCCUAUAUCUAGUAGUGUAUGUAUGCAACAAAAGAGGUGUAUGGUGUUGAGCUGGUGAUAGGGUGUUCCAGAGAGAGAAAAAGUACAGAAUAUAUGUUCAGAGUUAUGUAAUAUAAGUAUUAAUGAUGAUUGGCUGGUUUUUAGUUAGAUACAUUUGAUUCAUGCCUGGCCUGACAUGGGUAGUGUUCAUUUGGUGAAGUUCAUAUCUAGAGGAAGUAUGUUUAAUAUUUUGUUGUGUUCAUGAAGUAUGUUUGUUCUGCUUAAAGAUUUUCAUGUGUUAAUUCAACUGUGAUUUUAAUUGUGAUAAAGAUGGAAGAUAUUUAUGUGAUAAUUUCUGUGGAAAUUUUUUGAAGUUUUUCUUGUAGAUGUGGUUCUUCAUUAUGAUGGAUGGACUAGUUGUUUCUAUGAUAGUGAUGUUGUGAGGCAUGUAGAUGUACAUCUAGUGAUAGUAUAUGUAAUUCAUGCUAGUUUCCCAUUUUGGAUACCAUUUGUGAUAACUUGGAUUUAUGUAAUUUGAUGUUCAAGUGUAAAACAAUUAGGGACCAACCAGAGAGCCCAUAUGUAUCCUUGUAUGAGAUGUGUGAUGUUUUAUAUAUGUUGUGACAAAUGUCUUUUGGAUGUUGUGAGUGCCUUCACUAUGUAAAUCUCCAAUUCUCCCUUUCAAGCAGACUCUUGCAUCCCCCAUCUAAAAAUGCUGCUUCUGGAAUAAAAGUGGGGUACAUGUCCUAACUUAAGACUUUGGGAAUGCUGUACGCUGUACUGGAAAAAAGAAACUGUUAUAAAUUCUGUUGGGGCAGUAAGUUUGUUCAGGUAUCAAUAUCCUUUCAAUCACAAUUAUCAAGUCUUAUAAUAUAUCAGAUGCACAAAUUUCUUACACUGAGACCAUUGUUCUUGUGAGAAAAUGACAGAAACAUUGUCCUGUCUUUUACCUUUAUAUACUCAGAUUGGUAUUUAUUUGUUCUAAUGUGAUUCACUAAAACGAUUUGCCAAAUUUAUGUCAAAUUUCUGUAUCUUUAAUAUUGAUAUGAAAAUGAAUAAAAAUAAUUUACAAACAA